CUCUCAAAUUUGCAUUAAAAGAUUUUGAAGUAGACCUUCUAAGAAAAAAAUUAAGUGGUGUGGUGACAUGGGUGACAUUUUAGUGCAGUAGUAUUAUUGAUGUUGAAGAAUUCACGUUUUGGUAAGCUUUUAUAAGAAAAAAAAGGUAAUGUUCCAUCAAUAUGUAUUUGAAGGGCAGUGGACUAUUUUGAGAAUGUCACAUUUUCCCCCCACAAACAUCAAUCUGAGUGAAACCGCAAAGAAAAAAAAACAUUUUCAAGUCUGAGGGGGCGAAGGAUAGCAACAACAAAGCUUUGAGGAAAAAGUCCCUUUUUGAAAAGAUUUGGGGGACAGUCCCAUUUCUUUAUCUUUGCUCCUUCACACGGACAAGGAAGGUGCCCCCCACACACAUACACGGUACACACACUCGCAGAUGAUGUGCACUGAGGCUGCAACGUGUACACAACCUGUCUCACUCGGUAGCAGGAAGAGGUAGUGCACGUUAGAAGACUUAGGGAUUGGAAAAGUGAAUUUGUGAAAGUGGGACAAACGUCUGCAACAAUUGCAGGAGUGAGGAUGAUGCGAGCCCAGAUUGAAGUUAUCCCUUGCAAGAUCUGUGGUGAUAAGUCCUCCGGAGUGCAUUAUGGAGUCAUCACAUGUGAAGGUUGCAAGGGAUUUUUUCGGCGUAGCCAGCUGCCUACAGUGUCCUACUCCUGUUCCAGGCAGAGUAACUGUACCAUCGACAGGUCCAGCCGCAACCGCUGCCAACACUGCCGUCUGCAGAAGUGCUUGGCCCAGGGCAUGAGCAGAGACGCUGUUAAGUUUGGUCGGAUGUCCAAACGCCAGCGAGACUCUCUGAUCGCUGAAGUGGAGCGGCACCGACAGCAGCAGCAGCAGCAGCAGCAGCUCCAAGUAGAUGCCCAGUCAGGCUUGGCCUACCACACCAAGGAGCGCGAAGACUGCUCCCCGCAGCUCCUUCAGCCCAUGACGUCAGCCUACUGCUCUGGGGAAUCUGAGCUGCUGUCCUUCACUUCUGAUGUUCAUCCCUACCUGCUGUGCACUCCCAACCAGCCACAAGUGUCUGAUAUGAUCUACAGAAGCUCUGGUGUCUCACCCUCAUCAAGAGCCCACAUGAGGGGGGACACCAGUGGACAUUCUGAGAUUAGAGUAGGAUUCAAUUCCAGACAGCACUCACAUGACCCGAUGGCGAUUCAUCCCUACAAUCCACCAGAGGAUCCUCGUGGCCCCUAUCCUUCCUCUCUGCGUAAUAUAGAUGAACUAUGUGACAGCAUCGUGCGCUCCAACAAAGACACCUGCCAGUAUCGAGCGGAGGAGCUGCAGGCGCUCAAGUGGAAGGUGUUCAGCAGGGAGGAGAUGCAAGCCUACCAGAGCAAAUCAGUGGAUGAGAUGUGGCAGCACUGCGCCGUUAGGCUGACUGAUGCCGUACAGUAUGUGGUGGAGUUUGCAAAACACAUCCCCGGAUUCCGUCUGCUCAGUCAGAACGACCAGAUCGCCCUUCUCAAGACUGGUUCUAUGGAGGUUGUUCUGGUGAGGAUGAGUCGCUUCUUCAACGCAGAGAACAACACCGUCUUCUUUGAUGGCAAAUUUGCUGGAACUGAAGUCUUCAAGUCUUUGGCGUGUGGCGACUUAAUAGCGGCGGUUUUCGACUUUGCUCACAGUGUGUGUGCUUUAAAGCUCACCGAUCAGCAGGUGGCCCUCUUCAGUGCACUGGUCUUGAUCAAUGCAGAUCGUCCAUGUCUGGAGGACAGAGGCAAGGUACUGUGCGUGCAGAGAAGCGUGGAGUUAGGUCUCACACACAUUCUACACAGAGACAACCGGGACAGUCUAAUGCACAAGCUGUACCAAAGGAAGUCCGUGUUGCGUUCACUGUGCAGUCUGCACACGGAGAAACUUCGCUGGUUCAGUCAGCGCUACCCGCUGACCGCCCACUGUCUUUUCCCUCCGCUCUACAAGGAGCUGUUUGCUUCUGAGGCAGAGUUGAUGUUGCUGCCUGGAGCCACACACUGAUCACACCCAAGACCACACACAGGCAAACACACACACAUAGGCAUACAUAUCUAAUGAGAUCCAAUACAAUAACUGUAUGAGAAAGUAUGCAAAGACAGUAUCUGGCUCGUAACAUGCAUGUUAUUAGGAAGUAGGAGGAUGCCGGAGUGAGUCAGAUGUGCUAACCACAUGCUACGCCGAAAUUACUUUAAUUCCGCAAAUAGUUACCGAGGGUGUUUUUUUACUCAACUGCAGUUGCGGGAAAGGUGUCUUUUAGGGGACAUUUUUAAAUUAAGUAACUCCACACGCCCAUUUUUCAGGGUUAGGGACCGAGGCCUGCCGCCAAUACCGAAAAGCCCUAAUUAGCGCUCACCCAAAAAGGUUUAUGAUUGCCUAUAUUCGCGUCGUAAAUAUACCACAAACGAUGAUUCCAAAACACAUCUCAGUUGAGAUGUAACACCCAAAAAAAUCUAUACCAAUUCCUACUUUACUAGUAGCCAGGGCUUUGGCGCCAUCUUGUGGCCAUUACAGAAAGAGUAUAAAAACACAAAUAGAUAAGGAUAGGUUCCACAGACAAAAAUUGCGAAUAGGUGAAUUUGUGAAUAGCGAACUGCGAACUCGCUGUAAUAUUAAACAGUGUUAACAGCAUGUCACAAUUCAUGUCAAGUAAAUGUGGAGUUGAGAAAUUGCAUGACCUGAGGCAGAACAGAUAAUUGGCGAUAAGUCAGAAUCAGAAUCAGAAUCAUCUUUAUUUGCCAAGUAUGUCCAAAACACACAAGGAAUUUGUCUCCGGUAGUUGGAGCCGCUCUAGUACAACAGACAGUCAAUUUACAGAACACUUUGGAGACACAGACAUUGACAAAAAACAAUUGUGCAAAAAGAUGCAGAGUCCACUAGCACUUAGAGCAGUUCGAAUGACUAAUAUUGCAAUAGACCGGUGCAAUGACCAUUGUGCAAGGGGCGCUGAGACUUCAAGGAGUGUAUGCGGUUUAAAGUGACGAGUAGUGCGAUAAUCUGGGUGGCAGGCCGUGCUUUCUCAGAAGCCGCAGGAAGUACAUCCUCUGCUGGGCCUUUUUGAGGACGGAGUUGAUGUUAGUCGCCCACUUCAGGUCCUGAGAGAUUGUAAUUCCCAGGAACUUGAAGGUCUCAAUGGUUGACACAAGGCGGCUGGACAACGUGAGGGGCAGCUGUGGCGAAGGAUGCCUCCUGUAGUCCACGAUCAUCUCUACAGUCUUGAGCGUGUUCAGCUCCAGGUUGUGUCGGCCGCACCACAGCUCCAGCCGCUCCACUUCCUGUCGAUAUGGACACAACAUUGCAGAAUGAUCAUGUCAGUCUCCUGGAACGCUAAUCGUCAUUAGGGAUUCCAUCUCCGCAUAAUGUAAGAUCAUCUUUAACACUGAGCAACAUGCGGAAGUCACCCCACUUUAACUCAUCUGAAGUGUGAUUAUGUGCUGCUGUGUUGGUGCUGCUGCUUUGGUUAGCAAAAACAUUCUUUUGGGCUCAGCAGUAAGGUCUUUGAUAUCUGUUUGUAAAUUAUAGCAUCUGAACUGAGGUAAUUCCAGUUAAUACCUUUUUUUAUGAGGAAAGGGAGGCGUUUAUUUGAGUCAAUGUAUGGCGUUUUAUGAGAAAGGACUUUAACUAUUCGAGGAAAUACAGAACAAGUGACACCGUGUAGUCCUACACCAAUUCAAACUAUAACUACAAUAUUGUAGCCACACAUUACAUACAAUAUGUAUGUACACAUGCUGGAGCAUAAAAUCAUAAUACCUCUCUAACUGUCAAUAAAACCUGAGCAUUAUUAACUUUGUAAAGGCAAAAUGAUUGAUAUGUGUUGGCUUUCAUACGUUUGUCUGGGUGUAUAUUUUUGGACAGAAUCUAUUUUUAUAACACUGUGGAAUAAUAUGAGUCGCCAGAGAUGAUGUGUGCGGAGCUUGAAAGAAGACAUUAUUCAAAUAAUUCAGUAGUUUGAUAUUUUGAAACUUUUUUAAUUAUUCUAGAAUUUCUUGAUAAUGUUGUUUCUGAAUAACUUCUAUGUAUGUUAUCAGAUAGUGUCAGCUUGCAGUAUUAUGUGAUCCAAUUGCAACCGCUGUAUUUUCACUGUAGGGCUUUGAAAAACUUGAAAAAUAAAAUUAUUUUGUCUAUUA